AAUCUGUUUUACUACUAUUAUUUUGAUACUUUUGCCACCGCGCGUGACGGCGCGUCCGGAAGCCAUUCGCAGUGCCGCUUCUUCCACCGCACUCGCCUCGGCCCCCUGCUUCCAUAUCUGCCCUCAGUUUUCAGUUUCGAGUUACGGAUAUACGAGUUCCAGUUCAAACUACCCCUGUUUUCCCGGUUCCGACGCGUUUUCUGACAAUAUGUGCUGACCAUGGCGUCUCAGUCUGAAACAAAGAGCAUCUUCACCAACUACAUCACUUCUCCUCUCUCUGUUGAAAAAUUGAAUGGAUCAAAUUAUGAUAGUUGGGCUGCCGACAUCAAACUAUGGCUACGUGGUCAAGGUUACGAGAAUCAUCUCACCCAAAACCCUGAAAAGGUGAGUGUGACUGAAACAUCCAAAUGGAGUCAGAUUGAUGCUCAGUUGUGUAGUGUCAUUAAGUCUACACUUCAUCCAGAUAUUACACCGAUUUUCCGUCCGCAUCUCACGUGUGAAUCGGUUUGGAGUCAAGCAAAGGCACUCUAUACUAACGACACACAACGUCUCUAUAGAAUUUGUCACCGCUUGUUGAAUAUCAUUACUCCGAAGUCACUCGAUGGCUCUAUUUCAGCAUAUCUUAGCACCAUUCAUAGUGCACUUCAUGACUUUGAUGAGCUUCUCCCUCCUGCUGCAAGUAAUCCAGCUGAACAUAAUAAGGAGUUAGAUCAACGCAGCACCUUCUUCAUGCUUCUUGCACUCUAUGGCCUACCCCAAGAGUACUCUGCAACUCGUGAUCAAAUUUUGGGGUCUGUUACUGUUCCGAAUAUGUCUACUACCUCAGCGAUCCUCCUUGGAGUACCAGCAAAACAUCCAGUUGACCAGUCUAUUACUUCAGUUCCGGGUGACACUGCUGCCCUUGCAUCUCAGGGACAUAAUCAGCAUCGUUCUCGUGGAGGACCAUCCAACUCUAAGCCUCGUCCCAAAUGUGAGCAUUGUCAUCAUCGGCUUGGACACACUAUUGAUCGCUGUUGGAAGUUAUAUGGUAAGCCUUCGCCUUCGAUAAAUGCAACUCAGCUUGAUCCAUCUGCAACUAUUCAGACUACACCAUCUCCACAAGGCUCCCCGGCAAACUAUGAAGAUUUUCUCCGAUGGGUUCAGAGUCAUCUGAACUCUAGUUCUCCUACUUCGAUUGCACACACUGGACCGGAAUUCGGGACGGACGAUUGGCGUCGGAUGUGAGUCACAAGGCCUCUAUUACCUUUCUACAUCUUCCAAGACGUGCUCUGCCACAGAGUCCCCUCAUACUAUCCAUGCUCAGCGAGGACACUCAAGUCUUACCAAACUACCAAAAUUGGUGCCUAGUUUGUCUAAGUUGUCUACUUUACAUUGUGAGUCGUGUCAGUUAGGGAAACACACCCGUAGUAAUUUUCCCGAUCGAGUCAAUAAAAGAGUAUCCUCUCCCUUUGCUUUAGUUUACUCUGAUGUUUGGGGUCCCUCUCGUACUGUGUCUACUUUAGAGUCUAAGUAUUUUGUUACUUUGAUUGAUGAU